UGAACUUAUGCCACCUCAAGUCAUUCAUCUCGUCCUUCCUACUCAUACGCAUUCUAACCUUAUCCCACCCCUCUCACGCACUACUUUCCCUCUGUCUUCUUCCCUUUCUAUAUUGAAUGAACGGCAGCGGAUGAUAUCGGAUUGAGAAGGCUAGAUAUUGGCUGGCAGAUUGACUAGCUUGUGGUGUGGGAACACCAAUUGAACGACUCCCCCUCCCCCUCUCCUGCUCUCUGUCCGGACUGUCCGGUCCCAUUUUCAUCCCCAUCACCCAACGUCAAUAUGUCAUAUAGUCAGUAUUCUGGAAACCCGUAUGGCUCCUCGCAGCCACAAGAGGGCUACGGCUCUUCUACCUACGGUAAUCCUUAUGGCAACCCAGAACAACAUGAGAUGCAACACUUCUCUUCCCCUCAGUCAGACCCGGCGAACCCAUACGGAUCCUCCGCCCAAGACGGCACCACCUCCUCCACCACCCCAGGCGGCGACGUUCUCUCCCAGCAGGAUUUCCUCUCCCGUGUCUCACACGUGCGCAACGAGAUCCGCUCCCUGACCGCUGACGUCCAGCGCAUCGGCCAGCUGCACCAGCUCGCCCUCACCGGCACCGACGACAGCGACACCACCUCGGCCCAGCGCCGCGUUGACGACCUCGCCGCCACGACGCAGCGCAAGACGGCCUCGAUCCGCGACCAGGUGCGCGCCCUCAAGCAAGACGUCGAGCGCACCCCGGCAGGCCAGGGCAGCGCGGGCCUCAAGAAACGCCAAUGGGAGGCGCUCAACGGUGACUUCCAGAAGGAGCUGCAGGGCUACAUCCAGGAGGAACAGGCAUACCGAGAGCGCUACCGAGAGCAGAUCUCGCGGCAAUACCGGAUCGUUAAUCCAGAUGCGCCGGACGAGGAGGUGCGGAGGGCCGCCGAGAGGGAUUGGGGCGAUGAGGGUGUCUUUCAGACGGCGCUCCGGACCAACCGCACCGGCCAGGCCUCGGCCGUGCUUGGCAACGUGCGCGCCCGUCACCUCGAGCUUCUCAACAUCGAGCGCUCCAUCACCGAGCUGGUGCAGCUGAUCCAGGACCUAGACACCAUGGUCAUCCAACAAGAUCCCGUCGUCAAGCAGGUCGAGGAGCAGACGGGCAACGCCGUGACCCACAUGGAGGAAGGAAACAAGCAGAUCGACGUCGCCACCAAGCACGCUCGGAAUAGGCGUAAGCUCAAGUGGUGGUGCACCCUGAUCGUCGUCCUCAUCAUCCUGGCCAUCGCUCUCGGCGUCGGGCUGGGGAUCGGACUGGCCAAGUCUGCGAGUAAGUCUACCCAGCGGUAGCAACAUCCUCCUUGGUAGCAGGCGCGGCGAGCGAAGGAUGAGAUUUUGGAGAGGGAAAGGGGACUCGCCUGUUUGUGAAGCAGAAUGAAACUUUGCUGUAUAUAUUCUGGACAAGGGUCUGAGUGGAAAGGUCUCUCGCCGCAUGAAACAUCGAAAAACAACAAGAAUUGAAACCAGACGAAUAUGAGAAUUAACGAAACGACACGCGAGGAAAACUGUGGGGAACGGCAGGAAAGCAGGUAGGCAGCCAUAGUAUGGUUCUUGGGCAUGGGAAAUUCGGUUUCCGGUUUUUUUUUGGUUUUUUUUUUUUUUUAAAUGACCUGGGAACGACGGAUCAUUUCUUCUCUACCUUAAUAAUCAGUAGUCCUUUUUGGAUACCUCUUCAAUAGUCGAUCCUCUCUUCACU